AUCAGCACUACCUAGGUACGAUCCACACCAUGGAGUGAACACUCUGCCCUCCGAACCCGCUUCCAAUGUCUGUUGACAUCAAUUGGAACGAGCUCACGGGCGGGCCGGAUGGUGAAGCACUGGCCGAAACAAUCAGAGAGUUCAUUCAUCAGCGCUUUCAGUCCAUCGCGCUGCCGAAGCUGAUACGUUCGGUCACCGUCCAUGGGUUUGAGUUUGGCAACAUACCUCCCGAGAUUGUCCUCAAGGAUAUUGGCGAUCCCCUUCCCGACUUCUACGAGACAGACGACGACGACGACGACAACGAUGAUGAUAAUGAUUCUGUACAGGACCCAAACGAAGCUCAUACCGUGGCAGAUCCCGAAACACGCCAUGCGCAGCCGCGACAUGUGCGAGGUACAGACGGCUCACGUCGUCAAUCGGAGCUAGAUAUCCUUGAUCACUCGGCAAUCAGCGGGCUCACUCGAGGAACGACUCCAGGCAUACUGGGCGCUACUUCCAAUCUGGGCUACUUCCAUCUCCCUCUGUCUGCUGGGCUACCAGGGACCCAGACUCCUCUGGCUGCUGUAGCUGGUGCACACUUCUCAAACACUCAGGCUACUGCUGCAGCAAAGCCUCAGCAUCGCCAUGCUGAUUCCUUCAGUUCCGACCCUCCUUCCACAGCCACGCGGAUGUCGUCGCAAGAUCUUUCAUCAUACCUCGACAAGCCCCCCAGCCCAGCCAUGUUGGACGAGCUGGACGAGACCACGCCCUUACCCAGACACGACCAUCCCGAAAGGAGCCCGGAGGAUACCCAGAUCGUCUUUCACGCAACUUACGCGGGCGACAUUAAGCUGUCGCUAACUGCCGACGUUUUCUUAGACUAUCCCAUGCCAAGCUUCGUAGGCAUUCCCCUGAAGCUGAAGAUCACUGGCCUCACGUUCAACGGAGUGGGUAUUCUCGCCUACAUCAAGAAAAGAGCCCAUCUGUGCUUUUUGAGCCCCGAAGAUGCAGAAGCUCUUGUCGGGAAGGAGCCCGCUCUAGAUCCUCUCGACGACGAGAAGCACACUGACAACCGACAGUCACCAUCGGGACACGAGGUAAAGUCAGGGGGAGUGGGCGCAUUACUCGAAGACAUAAGGAUCGAAAGCGAAAUGGGCGAGACGGAAAGUGGAAAACAAGUGCUCAAGAAUGUGGGUAAGAUUGAAAAGUUUAUCCUCGAACAGGUCCAACGCAUCCUCGAGGACGAAUUCGUCUACCCUAGCUUCUGGACUUUUCUUGUUUGAGCACCGAGGUCCUACUCUGGCCUGGAAUAGUCGGUAUGCGAGUACUGUACUGUACAGCUGCGCAGUUCAACAAAUCCUUCACCUUGGGACGUGGCUGAUGCAUUAUUAAUCGGCUGUGCGACCCGCAUUCAAGGAAUACGUGUCUGGACGGCGGCCGCCUUUUGCAUGCAUUCACGCGAAAACGUACAGGGAGCCUUGCUUUUGCUGUGUUUUUUUUUGUUUUGUGGACCGUAACACCUAAAAAAACAGCCUUGCAGUUGCAGAAUCACGCACCACCUUUCGGCCCGCAGCUGUCAAAUCUGCCGUACCACGUUUGCAGCUCUCUCAACUGCUGCCGCUAGUUUGUCUUGUGAGACCUUUCUCUCAUGCGCGCUGCCGCUGUCAAACAUUGGUCACAACGUUCGUUGUGUUGCUGCUGCUGCUGCUGCUGCUACCAGCUUCACAAUGGCGUGACACUUUGCGGAAUGUAAUUCGACUGCGGGAACUUGUGAAGACCUAGCAAUCGUUUGCGGCCGGGCGAUUCGGAUCUCCUUGUGUGCAUGUACUAGACGGAUGUAGGAGAUCGCCACGACCUUCGAAAUAUGCUACCUCCUACAAAUUCUGUGGUGUUCGUACGAUCGCAAACUCUACAACAGUGUAUUUUGUCCAGUAUCGUACCCAAUCGAGCUUUCCGCAACGAUGGCAACGGGCUGGAUCGGGCAAGGAACUCCUGAGCACACAAUGCACAUUCGAGAGGAAUGGCAAAGCUUGUACCUCAUUACCAGGUAGUGCUGGCUUAAGUUUUACAGUACUCUGGCUUCCACUUCCCUGCGAAGCUUGGUAUUCAUCUUUAGGUACAGAAGAAAGUCGAACCUAUCGUCACGCUUGAGCUAGACAACGACACCGUAUAUGACUUGAACGGGAAUCGUGCCAUGUACUCACUGUGCGAUGACUCGUCUUCUGGAGACACCGGAGAUUGAGUGAGAGCACUGCUCGCUGGGGCAGACUCUCUAUCCAAGCAUGGGGCCUGGUAUGCCGAUGCAUCGGCCCUAGAGAGUUUAUUGAGUAGGUGUGCGUGCCGGGUCAUGUGCUCGUUCUAUCACAUACGAGACAGAGUAACCUCAAGCCAGAAGUGAUGAUCAGAAGCAGCGGAAGUGCAAGUCCAACACGUGCAUUUCCAACUCACUUCGACUUCAGUAGCUUCUUGCCAUGCUCGCGAACGAUGCCGUCGAGAAGCUGCCGUAUUUGCUUACAGCCAUCUAGCCCGACUGACAGCAUCGCCUGCAAUCUCGCCAUCUGGACUCUCGUCUCCAUAAUCAGCACAUUCACCAUGUCUUCACCUCCACUCGUGCCGACAGUCAUGAAUGGCAGUUCCUGCUCUUCCAACCCAUUCAGAUCCAACAAUGGAUCCGCUUCUUCCUCGUUCGAUGCAUACGAUGCAGUAGAGCCGACGGUGCAGGCGGCAACGUAGUCCUUCAUCGGGACACCAGCAUCAAUCAAUGCCAGUGUUGCAGCAUUCAAGCAGGCAGCCAGCAGAGCUCCGUCCUGCGACAGCACGUGAAGGACAAUGCUGAUGGUCGACUGCGGAUAGAGGGAGGUAAAGACGGUGCUCGCGAAAGCAGACGAGAUGGUGUACUGCAUUUCUUGCGUUCGCUUGUCUGACCGCGACCUUUUUUUCCGAUCCAUGCCGCUGAAGCCAGCAAUGCCAAUCUCUACCUCGAUGCUCGCCUCCUUCGUCUGAUCACGUCCACCGCCACCGCCCGACCUCGUCUGUUGCCUGGGACCGACGACGGUGCAGAUGACUUUGGUGUUUCCCAUCUCGAAAUAGCUGCUGCCAUCAGCAGCCGCCUGGGUGGACAUCUGACCCGAGAUGCACCGCAAUUCGUUCCAUCGCCGCCCGUCGACACGCAGAUGCGCGAGCGCGUACGUAGAGCUGUC